GGGCUGUAGUUAACAAAGAGACUAAGAAAACAUGGGAUUGGUUCUUGGGGAUUCUUUGAAGAUGUCACUUGAACUAAACAUGGGAGAGGGAUACACUAUCAUUUCUGAUAUGCAAAAGCCUGUUAAGGGAAAAAAGCAACAGAAAAGGAAGAAGGUAGCUAUUGAUUAUGAAGAUAUUAAUGUGGACACACCAGUGGACAUACAACUAUCUGGACCAGAGCCAACUCAAGAAUCCAGCAAUCCAGCAACUCAGACAUUUGUCUUCAUGCCUACACCAAUAGUGAGUACACAUCAGCCCAGCAGCAGUGAAUGUCCAGACUUUGAGUUUCCAGAAUUUACAAAUGAAGAGGAGCCUAACUUGAGGCCUAAAGUUGUUUUAGAGGCAAGGACUAGGCAUGAGAAGAGAAAAGAGGCACAAAUGGUCACCGGGACAAGAUCUAUCAACUUGGGGUGA